AUGUUCACCGGCAUCGUCGAAACCCUAGGCACCGUCUCCGAACUCCUCCCCCAAGAUGCCACCUCAGGCGGCGGCACCACAAUGACAAUCUCCAACUGCUCCUCCAUCCUCGGCGACUGCACCCUUGGGGACUCGAUCAGCGUAAACGGCACCUGCCUCACCGUCACCGAAUUCACCUCUUCCUCCUUCAAAAUCGGCGCGGCGCCCGAGACUCUGCGCCGCACGAAUCUGGGUGCUCUCAAACAGGGCUCCAAAGUCAAUCUCGAGCGCGCCGUGUCUGCUCACACGAGGAUGGGAGGGCAUUUUGUGCAAGGGCAUGUGGAUACCAUUGCCGAGAUUGUGUCGGUGACGCCGGAUAAUGAGGCAAAGGUGUUUCGCAUGGCGCCUAGGGAUAAGAGCGUGUUGCGCUAUAUCGUGGAAAAAGGAUAUGUGACAUUGGACGGCGCUUCCCUCACCAUCACUGCCGUCGACGACGAAGCGGGAUGGUUUGAGAUCAUGAUGAUCAACUACACGCAAGAGAAGGUUGUCAUGGGAGCAAAGCAAAAGGGAGAUACGGUCAAUGUCGAGGUCGAUUGCGUGGGCAAGUACGUCGAGAAGAGCGUGGUGGGCUACUUUGAGGGCAGCAGAGGCGCCAACGAACCUGCCAUCUUGGAAAAGAUAGUCGGCAGGAUUGUGGAUGAGAAGUUGGCCAAGAUGCAAAAGUCAUGA